ACCCAGCCAGCCCCUCACAUUUGAAAACCCAACUGAGAUUUCACAAUUCACAAACAAACUAACAAACACCCCAGAGAGUGAGAAAAACAAAGAAAACUUUCAGACAAUCUAAAACUCCGUCGUUUCGAUCUUUCAGACUUCACACCAAACCCAAACUCUUCUCUCUCUCUAGGCUUUCAAAACGCUCUCGUUUUUGGCUCCCAAAACCCUAAAAUUUCAAUUCCCAAUUGUGAAAUUCUAGGGUUUUGAUCGGUCCCGAGAAAAAAAAAAAAAAAAAUUCCUAAGAAAAGAUGGAUCUUCCUCAAGAAAUCGAUGAUUACAUCAAAGAUUCCAUUGAUCACUCACUAGGGCUCCCUUUAUCGACUAAGACUCUGGAAUUGAAGCUUAGUGUAUCCCAAGAAGCACAGCGCCGACUUCGCAACCGGUGCCUUUCCUUACAGUAUAAGCUUCGAGAGAAAGACGAACUCAUCGACCGCAUUAGGGCUGAGGCGAGCAUGAAUGCGCAAGCGUUGAAGAAAUUUGUGGAGGAGAAUCAUAAAUUGGCUUUGGAGUGUGCGAAUCUUUUGAGUCAGUGUAAUAAGUGGGAGAGGGAGUGCUCGCUUUACGAUCGUGACCGGGAAGCCUUGAUGGAUUUUGGGAACGAGGCCGAUGAGCGUGCCAAGGAGGCUGAGAUUCGAGUCCAUGAGUUGGAGGAGGAGGUCAGAAAGUUGUCGGAGGAGUUGCAGUUCUACAAGUGUGAAUGUGAGAUGCGCACGGUUGAUUCUUCUGCUGAGGACACAAUUAUAGAGAACAGUUUACUUGAGUCAGUGUUAACAACAUUGAUCAGUAAAGAUGAUGUUUCAUCUGCACAUGCAUUCUUGGAGGCCAAUAGCAGUCAUGAAUCAUGUCAAAGAUUGCUUAAAAUGUGGAAUUGCUUGAGGCCAUCAACUCAGAAGAUUCUAUCACUGGCUGCUGAAGCGAAGACACUUGAGAACGAUAAGGAACAUUUAAGGAUCAACCUUGCUAGAGCAGAAGAGGAGGUCAAAUUGCUAUUCGAAGAAAACAAUGUAUUGGAUGAGGAAAAUAAGAGGUUGCUUAGGAAAUAUCAGAAAGAAAGAAGCCAUCAUAGUUCUAGUGGGAAACACACUGGCACUGCUUCUGCGAAGUCAAACAAGCGAAAAUCAAGCCCCAGGAUAAGCAGCCCAGUUGAGAAGAAGCUUGAUUUUAAUGAUGUGGAUUUAGCAAGACAUCCCCUUUCACCCUUGCGAAAUAACUCCCCUGACUCUAAAAUGCAUAAAUUCUAACAAACUUUCAUGAGUAGGUUGAUGUUUUCUUCUUUCCCCCUUUGUAAACAGGAUGGUGAUUUUUACCAUUUGGAACUAAUUUUUCUUGUUAUUCUCUGCCGCUAAGAUUUCAAGGAAAGGAAGGGCUUUCUUCUUAGUCGGAUUGUCUAGACUCUAGACAACACCAAUCUAAAGAAAUUUAAGAGUACUUUGAGUAAUAUGUUGCUGAGAAAGAUUGGAAAUCUUGUCAAUGUAUUUUCAAGAUAACACUACAGGGAAAUUGUUUGCUUCCUAUUAGCUCCUAAUGGAGAAUUUUCGGACAUGAUGUAUCUUUCUUCCCCAUGAAUUCUUAGUGUUGGAAAAUGAUCUUGCGGUGUCA